AUGCACCAGCUACGUUUAGCUGGUCGACACGUAGACGCCAACCACACUCCACACCCUGUUAACGAGAGAUGGACAAGGAGCCCGAGGUUCGAACAUGUUUGGGGAAAACGUGGGCGCCUCCCACAGUCCGCGGGGACGGACGGGGGCGCCGCGAUGCUCGAGCACUCGGCGGCGCGCUCCCGCGACGCUUUUCACGCGCUUCGCGAUUCUCCGGGGGCGUUCGCGCGCUCUCGGGCGCUUCGCUCGUGGUGCCGUGCGUGGUUCGCGAUUCGGUCGGACGAGUUGAACGCGGCGGGCGGGUACACGGGCUCGCCGUGGCCGCCGCUGGAACUGGACCCCGUGGGAUGGGGACGGAAACUGUACCCGACGGGAGCGCCGAGGUCCUCAGGUGGGCUGAUGUUCGGGUUGCACCACCAGGAGGCGGCGGGCGGGCUGCACGCUCAGCCCCGCGGGCCCGUCACCUCACUCAAGGAAGAGCCCCUGACUCGCGCAUGGAUGACGCCCGGCUCCCUAGUUGAUAAUUCGAACAGCGUGGGCGUUGGGCGGGCUCACUUCGAGAAGCAACCGCCCAGCAACCUGCGCAAGAGCAACUUCUUCCACUUCGUGGUGGCGCUCUAUGACCGCGCUGGCCAGCCCGUCGAGAUCGAGCGCACCGCCUUCAUAGGUUUCAUCGAGAAAGAUCAGGAAGCCGAGGGACAGAAGACAAAUAAUGGAAUUCAGUACAGACUUCAACUUUUAUACGCGAAUGGUAUACGACAAGAGCAAGACAUAUUCGUCCGACUUAUAGACUCCGUUACGAAACAGCCGAUUGUCUACGAGGGACAAGAUAAAAAUCCAGAAAUGUGCAGGGUGCUACUGACACAUGAAGUGAUGUGCAGUCGAUGUUGCGACAAGAAGAGUUGUGGAAACAGAAAUGAAACCCCAUCGGAUCCUGUCAUCAUUGAUCGAUUUUUUCUAAAAUUCUUCCUGAAGUGCAAUCAAAAUUGUUUGAAAAAUGCUGGCAACCCCCGAGAUAUGAGAAGAUUUCAAGUGGUAAUAUCAACACAAGUGAUGGUUGAUGGUCCCCUUCUCGCGAUAUCCGACAAUAUGUUCGUGCACAACAACAGUAAGCACGGACGACGCGCAAAACGCUUGGACCCGUCUGAAGGUACUGACGCCGCGCCAGACAAUAAUUCAGGUCUUUACCCGCCUCUGCCCGUCGCGACGCCUUGUAUCAAGGCUAUUUCGCCGAGUGAAGGGUGGACCUCUGGCGGGUCGACUGUUAUUAUAGUGGGUGACAACUUUUUCGACGGCCUCCAAGUCGUCUUUGGGACGAUGCUAGUCUGGAGCGAGUUGAUAACAUCUCACGCGAUACGAGUUCAGACCCCACCACGGCAUAUACCCGGCGUGGUGGAAGUGACGCUUUCCUACAAAAGCAAGCAGUUUUGUAAAGGCGCUCCUGGAAGAUUCGUAUAUGUUUCUCUCAACGAGCCAACGAUUGACUACGGAUUCCAGAGGCUGCAGAAGCUAAUACCGAGGCAUCCCGGUGAUCCGGAGAAGCUGCCUAAGGAGAUAAUCCUGAAGCGGGCGGCGGACUUGGCGGAGGCGUUGUACUCGAUGCCGAGGAACAACCAGCUGCUCCCACGGUCGCCGCCCCCCACCACCACCUUCAACACGUACGCACAAGACGCGGCGUCCCACCAGUGGACCGAAGAGGAGUACGCGCGCGGCGGCGGGGGCUCCGUGUCGCCAAGGUACUGCGCCGGCGCGGCGACGCCGCACUACGCGCAGCACCUACGCCCCGCCAACCUCGCUCUUCAACUCCACCUCCCGAAUGGGCGGGCUGGUCUCAUCCCCCUUCAGCGUGAACCCGUUCUCGCUGCCAACGUGCAGCGCGCAACAGUACGCGCAGACCGCGCCGCUCGCCUCCAAGUAACGUACACCUUCCGCUCACCGAUUGCCAACGAUCGAUGCACGCGUGUGGUACACGUGGCGGAUUGUGGCACGCGUUUGGAUGACAUCCCUCUAAGUUUUUCCCAAUUUGCUAGAAAGCGAUUA